UAUCGUCAGUGUCCUUGGACCUUAUCUGGCAGAUCCAAAGAACAAUGACUCCUCUAUUCUCAACCAUUCGAUUCAUUCAAACACAGAUGAAAUAAAGACCUGGGUCAGAGAGGACGAUAUAUUUGUUGUUGAUAGAGGUUUCCGGGAUUCAGAAUCACUUUUGAAUGACCUGGGUAUACGUAUGGAGAUGCCUGCGUUUAUCCCGAAGGGCCAGAAGCAAUUGUCUACAGAGGAAGCUAACAGUUCUAGACUUGUAACAAAGGUCAGAUGGGUUGUUGAAUCCGUAAAUGGAAGAAUAAAGACAUGGAGAUAUCUUGGUAAAACACUUCCAAACAGCCAGAUCCCGUGUAUUGGAGAUUAUGUUAGGAUUGUCUGUAGUCUUUGUAACAAGUACCGGCCUCCUAUCAACUCUGGAACAUUUGAUGACGAUAUCACCAUUGCAUCAACAAUGACAAUGUUGGCCAAACAGACAAACGGACUUCAACAGUUUGUUCUUGAAAAUGGGCUUGAUAAAAGAUCCAUGAAAUGGACUUCCAUCGACGCUGACAGCAACACCAUCACCGAUUUUCCCAGGCUUACUGAGGGAGAUAUCAGAAACCUUACAAUUGGUGUCUAUCAGCUAAAGACGGCAAAAUCAUAUGCGGCAGAACAUCUUACAGAUGAUGGAUUAUUUGAAAUUUUUGUGAGCGAUGAUAUACCCAAUAUUGUCAGUGCCAAAAUUCAAAGCCGCCACACUUCAUCUAAAAAGUAUUCCUUGUGGAUAAAAUACGAUAUCACCAUCUUGUUCUGGUAUUGUACCUGUAAAAAUGGAUCCCGGGUUGUUGGAAUGUGCGGUCACAUAUCCUGUAUUAUCUGGUAUUUAGCCUUUGCUAGAUAUCAGAACGAAUCUUGCGGUAUUCGUGACUGGACAGAGGAAGUGGAUGAUGCGGCGAGAUCCAUCGCCAGCUCCGAGGAUGAGGAUACUGUCGAUUAUGAUGGACAAGAAGAGUAGUGCAAACCAUACUUUUGUUUAACGUUAAUUGACGAUAUUUAGUUAAUCACGCCCAAAAUGAAUUUAUC